UUGUCUUUACGUUAGCAGCCCGGUUACCUUUGUAUGGUAAAGGUUGAGUAGCGCGAACGCGAACGUAAUCUUACGUCCACCUACGCACUAUUUUGGUUACCAAAGUGACCAGAUGAAAGUAAAAGUGAAGAGUUAUGGUGUGGUGAUAACAAAGUGAAGUUCCUUUAACUUCUAAAGAGCUCAAAGACCUGUCAAUGGCUGUAUAGUGUUUAACACGAUGUCUGUGAAGUUCUCUACUACUUCGUGACGAGCACUAAGACUAAGAGCCAUCACAAAAAAUGGUCAGGAAAGUUGGAAAAAACCAUUAUAUUGCCUCACCUUUAAACCGUCACGACUCCUCCCCAACUCCUGUUCACGUCACUAGGAGUACUGCUUAUUCUGAUGGCGAGGAUAGUCAUCGAGCUUUAUCGGACAGGACGUUAUCCGAAUAUACUUCUGUGCCAUAUACUAUAGUAAAUGAAAGAAACCACCAUCAGCACCACAGGCCUGCUUAUAGCAAUAAUAGCCCAAGGCAAAAUGGUUACACUUCAUCUAGAGCCCCUUCGGCAUUAAGCAAAAGUAGCCGAUAUGAUGAUACCGGGUCCGAUAUUUACGUUACUAGUGGAGCUUAUAAAGCACCUUCCGAAAUUAGUCGGACUUCCAGACCCAGAGCUCCAAGUCAGUAUUCUUAUCGAUCGGGCGUGGCGCCCUCUGUUGCAAGUAGAGCAAGUAGGAGUACAGUGAAAACAGGUCGGGGUUCUAGAAAAGCAGGAGUAACUGUGGAAACUAUGGCUGCUCCUAACCCUUUUUGCCCUAACAUCAAAGGGAUGUGCUGUUUGAUGCUUUUACUGAACUUGGGCAUCAUUUUGGUUACAUUGGGAUUCGUGAUAGUCAUACAAUUCUUUGAGCCGGUCAUUGUCUGGAUAUUUGGCAUAAUAUUCUUAAUAUUCGGCUUCCUAACUCUUAUCGGUAGCCUUAUAUACUGCGUUGUGAUAUGCAGAGAUGUACAGCCGCCCAGCCAAGUAAACCCAGACGAAUUGUACUGGACUCACCAUUGGUCCAAAACCAUCGGGGCGUCACCUAGUGAGAUCCAUUAUAAAGCUGAGGAAAAAUAUGGAGAUGACAGAUAUAGCGAUAGAUACUCUGUAAGCAAGUUGUCUGGGAAAUAUUCUGAUCGGGAGAAAAACGGACGAUAUUAAGGAUGUAUUUCGAAGCUGUUGCUGACAAAAAAAUUUGUUAAUCCUGUGAACUAAUGAUAAAAACGAACUUUUAUAAUUCAUCUAUGUGUUUUAUCUUUUUUUUUAUAAAAUGUAAAUAAUUGUAAGUUUAUAUGUAAUCACUAAAAAAUAAGUUUUGUUACUUACUUAUGUAAAUAAAUAAUAUUUUAAGUUUCAACGAAACUGGAAUAAGUUUGUCUAUUAUUGUGCUAAAUAAAAUUUAAUAACUACUAA